GCUUCUAUUCAUGGCUCUGCUCUCCUCCGGUGUGAGUUUGCAGCCUCUCGUCGUUCGUUGGAGGCUAAAAAUGGAGUUGGGCCGUGCCCUAUUUGUGCACACCCCCCGGAAGACGGCAAGCCAGCCGAGCCUCCUUGACAUUUAGUGCCAUGUCAAGGCGGCAUUGCUCCCAAUUCUAAGGCUGUUCGCCGCCGCAGGCAGAAUGAUGAAGGGGGCCGGCGCCAUGAGCACGAUGAAGCCGCCGUCAUCGCCCUUGCUCGACGGCCACGGCCACCACUUCCUCGAGGAGUGCUCCCUCUGCGGCAAGUCCCUCUCCGGCGACAUCUUCAUGUACAGGGGUGACACGCCGUUCUGCAGCGAGGAGUGCAGGCAUCAGCAGAUCGAGGUGGACAGGGCGAGGCACCGGCGGAAGAAGCACGCGGCGGCGCGGAAGGAGCAGCACCGGCACCACCACCACCACCACCACCAUCACCAUCACCGUCAGCACCAGCAGCCGGGGCCGGAGCCGCAGCCGCGGGCGGCCAUGGUCGGCUCCGCCCCGUGGGCCGACGCCGGGUUCGCCGCGAGGAGCCCCGCGUUGCGCGUGUGACGCCCCGAUCAGACCGCACCCGAUCUCCCGCGACCUCAGUUUGGCACACGUACGUACAGUACAGGACGACGGACAUAUACGUACACGUACUCAUACGUCUACGGCUACACGCGCCACCAUACGGGUUUAGGGACCGGUUGCAUAUAUUAGUGGUGUAUGUACGUACACGGCUGAUCUAGGGUCCCAUUGUUCCACGGGCGGCUGGACAUGGAGGUUUUUUCACAAAUAGUGUGUCCCGAUCGAGGUUAGAACUUUAGAGCCACGAGAGCGUGAGCCAUUGUUGCAUGCAAUGCAAUGCAUGGGCUCCCUCUCCAUUUCUCUCGCCCCAGAUUAACUUGGCUGUUUGUUCUGCUAUUGUGGAAUGGGA